AUGAAAAAACGUCUCGUUGCAGCCAGUACAGAUCCGAACGGAUUGUUGCCCUUUGGCCCACAAGUCAAUAAUAGUGUGAGCGAUCUUAGCUUACAACUUCCUACCUGUCCUCUCCCCCAAAAACCCCCUUGGGGCGGUGACCUCAGACAGUCGUUUACAGCGUCGGUCGCUCAGCUAAGUACAAACAUGCCCACCUCAUCCAAAUCUGAAUAUGCCCCAACCACGGGCGACGAAAAUCGAAAUUCUCUUGGUCUCACCCCUCCGGUUAUCAACCAAAGUCAGUACGUUUCCUCCAAAAAGUCGGAUGUUACAAGUCAGGCGUCUUUCAAUUCCAGCCAGCUUAUUGAGGCCUUUAUUCACAGUUCUCAAAUAGCAAGAAGUGUGCCUCCGCAGCAAAGCGAUUUGUCUCAACUCAUUCUGGAAAUGGCCAAAAGCCAACUUCCUCAGCAGCCGCAACAAUCAGUGAAUCGAACUAUUGCUCAGAAGGCUGCUCCCGAUAAAUUGCUCAUUACUUCUAGGAGCCCGCCUUUGCGGUCGCCGUCAGAGACUAUUCGAGGAUUCGUCGAUGGCAAUCAUUCCAAGCCUCGAACUCCAUUCGUUCACUCGCCAGCCCUUCAAUCUCCUCCUCCUCUACUUCUACCACCUCUUUCAAAUAGUGCCUCAAGAAAUCAACCGAGUCGUCCCCUCACGGCUUCCGACUACAACUCAUCUCCUUCAACAUUUUACAGUCACCACUUUCGCCAACCUACUCUUACCGAGCAACAAGCCAAAAAUCAUCUGGAAAAGAUGCGUCAGGCGGCCUCACUGUCUAUCGAUCAGCAACUCUAUUCCGCUACCCUGUUCUGUAUGAUGGCGCAACAACAGCAACAGCAACAGUUGCGCGGACACCCACCGCCACAAAUACCCCUUCCCCCACAUUCUGAAGGAGAUAAGAAGCCUUUGGUUGACUACUCAAAAUCUGGGCUAUCUUCAAGUGCGCGAAAUCUAAAGUAUGAUCCCUAUAUCUCGCAUAUGCGACCCACAUCACACAACUCUUACAUUCGUGUACCAUCCUCCUAUCACUCUUGGGCUAAGACGGAGCCCUCCUCGUCAACAGUUUCGGGUUACUCCACUAUCGAUAUACUCCGAGAGUCCAAACAGGCUUCUGAGUCCAUGAAGCCAGCCAAUAAAUUACUGACCACUGGUGUUUUCUACCCUGAGAAACAGCCGAUUGCAUCCCCUCCACCACCCUCAGCCCCUCCUGCCCCCUCAGUUCCUGCCCUAGCCACAACCUCGGCUUCUUCAAUUAAAAACCAGUCGGAUGCAGUAGAUCAUCACUUCCGAAUUGCCUUGAGUAACAACAGGGGCAGUAGUAGUACUCAGCCAGAGCCACCGACGCCUCCUGUGGAAAUAACUAGUGAAAUGAAGGCUAGUGAUGGUCGCAAGCAUCCUCACCCCUUUCCAAACCACGCCUCCAUGAUCCAGACAGUACAUGGAGUAUCUUCAUGUUCAUCCUCAUCUUCCAUCAGUUCAGUGUCUCCCUUUGACCGGGAUGCCAAUUCUCCUGGACGGAAACCCUUCCCUCUGCCUCCACCGAAGUCUGAAAACAAAAUAAACAGUGAGGCCUGUCGAUUUUCUUUGAAAAAGAGGCUUAUUCAACGCUAUCAAGCUGAUGCAACCACAGGACUUGCUUCGGAGUCAACUGCGGUAAACAUGGAGAAAAUGCCCGAUCAGCAGCCCCAAGCAAUGAUAAAGCUGGAGCCUAGUGCAACCCCUACCACAACCCUAGAAGAUUUUUCCUCUGCUAAUGUAUGGAGCACCGUUCUCAGUUCGGAAUAUUGUCUUAGAAAAAAGGGCACCGUCCAAUCAUUUCCUUUUCUUUUCCGUCUCGAUUAUUUUUCUGCCGAAGAUUUGUUAAUGGGCAGCUAUGAAAGGGAGGAAACAUCAACUUGGACUUUUUCUCAUCCCAAAUCUGCCCUGCCAAACUUUGCAGAACCGAGCAAAGUUAAGGAAGAGCAAACUCUAACAGGUGGUCGUGAUUCACCGUCCUCUCCUACAGGGCCUCAAUCCAUUGUCAACGGAUCUUUGCCCGAAGGGUCUCCUUCCAAAGACGUCUCAAAACGUGCCGCAGGCAACACAGCUCGUCGGCAUCCGCCGGUGAGGGCCUCAAAGAUUGCACCACUCAUGUGCUCCCUCAACGAGUCUUCUCAGUCUCCCUCUAUCACCUUCCCACCGACUAAACGAGCUCGCAAUAACGCUGCAAAACAGCACUCUGGUUUUUCCUCCAUCCGAAAACGCAAUGAUACAAGUGUUGGUGAACCCAAUGGCACCAAAUUGUCACGAGUGAGGACUACCAAAUCCCGGUUCUACAACAGUCGGGUAGCAUCACCGGCAGCAGCAAGUGAUACGGCCCUGCAGAGCAGUCGUCGAAGCCGCACAACGUCGGUAAGAUCGACCACCGAUCAGACCCAUUCCGAAUUCGAUUUCAAUGGGCAGGAUGAAGACGAGGAGCAGAUUUUGCCACUGGAGACCAGUGGAGGCGGCACAAAGGCGGCUUCUAGUCGGAGAUGGUUCGGCUCACGAAAACGCAAAUCAGCUACCGUUUCAUCAGGCCCCUUGUUGAGGGUUAAAGUACCGCGUAGAUCAAUGGAAGAGGAGGAAGCUACGAAACGACCCAAGCAUGGAAAACGUGCACAAAAUACGCGACAAACGAAAAGUGCUUUGAACUCGCUUCCUCGUACCUAUGUAGACGAUGAAGACUAUGAGGAGGAGGAAGAAGAAGACGACUCGAAUGAAGACGAUGUGGAAGCCACGAUUCGAGUCAAUCAGGAGGAAGAAGUGCAUGGACCCAAUGAGAUCGAAGGUGGGAAGAGUGGGAUAAAGGAAGGGCCUCUAAAGUGUCACCGGUGUGGUCAGUUGGUUAAGGCGGUCAAAGUAGGGCGUAAAAUUGACCCAUUUGACUUUCGGUGCUGCGAAGAGAAGUUAUCACUUCAGGAAAUUGGAAGACGGCUUCCUCCUCCACCAAAUUUGGCCAUCCUCUCUCACCGUUCACUCUGCGGUGGUGAGCUGGGGAUACAAGAUGCGGAUGAUAUCGGCUCUGAGGUUGAGGGGCCCUUCCUUCAACUGAACAGCUGCACGGAACUGGAGAGGCUAAAGCCUUCCUUUCGUUGUCGAGCCUGUCGUGAGGCCAGUCGAGUUUCAUCCACUACCACCGUAGAGACAAAUAGUAACCCCAGCGUUAUAGGCAGUGGCAACAGUAACAGUAAUGCGGACAAGACCAGCGUCCGUCGACGGGGCAUCAACAAUCGCAACCAUCCCUCUAUUGCCGCUGGUGCUAAUAAUUCUUCUUCACGUUCCAAUAGCGAUGCGGGGAACGACUUGAAGACCGCCGUGGCUACCGUUUCUGUGUUUUGCCGAUUCUGGGGUUUUAGAAAGCAAGUGGAAUUAUGUCUUUUACUCUACUAUGAUCAAAAGGGCCUCCUCAGUGUCUCCGAUUUCUGCCGAACCUCGGAGGCUGAUUCAAUCGACCGCUCACUCUGGGCUAUGCAUCAUCAUGUUUCACCGCCUCUGAGUCGACACAACGCAAUCUAUUGUCUAGAAAGAUUAGGCGCAAUCGCUUGUCGUCUCAUGCUCUCUGAGCUCUCCAUUCUCUCUUCCUCGACUUCGAGUGAUGGAACUGUCACUCGGCAGUGCCGUCCUACUUUUGGCUCCGCUGAAAAGAACCUCAAUUCGCCGUCGCGUCAUGUCGCUUGGAAGAGACCUGUUCAGGGAGUGAGAGAGAUGUGCGAUGUCUGCGAGACCACUAUGUUUAACUCCCACUGGGUCUGCACCAAGUGUGGUUACUCAGUUUGCUCCGCUUGCUACUACGCAAAAGCAAGCUCUCUUACCAAAACCAAAGAUAGCCCAGAUCUUCUGGGGGACGCUACUUCCACUGUCACCCCUGCGGUUCAUGAAAGCGGAGUGGAAGAAGUGGGAGUCAAGAAUCUCUCACCCGCAGUAGUCCAACUGAGCUUCGAGGACUACUCGGUGCGUCAACCUUGGUCUACGUGUUCAGCCAGUCGACGACCCCAUGAUCCCAGCAAGAUGAUGCUUACCGCUCUCUUGCCGUUUGGCAGUUUGCAUUGCUUGUGGCACCGCCUUCACAGGAUUGUACCGCGUCUGGACUGUUCCUGUCCUUGUCCCUCAGCUGACCAAUUGGUGUCGGGAGAAACUGGGGCCACAACUAAGGAUGUCGCCUCUCCGGCCUCCUCCACCGACACUUCGGCUGCCACUUCCCUUGACCUCCUUGCAGAUCUCGCACUCAAGUCCACGACCCCGUCGGUCGGGUCUCUCGAAGAUGGUGGUAGUGCUGAAGCGGAGGCAGUGGACGGCGAAAUUCGGGACCUGAGUCAGAAAUCUGGGUCCUCGGGUGUGCUGUACCUGAAAGACGGUGAUUCGACCAAUUUUAAGGCCUUCCAGCGACACUGGGCCACCAAUCAGCCGGUGGUGAUCUCUGGUUGCGGGAGGCACUUUAACGCCUCUCUGUGGACGGCAAAAUCGCUCAGCCGAGAGAAUCCAACCCCAGGGACUGCUUCGCAGAUAGUACUCAUAGACUGCGAAACCAACCUCAUUGUUCCUCGCCACCCAAUUCGGGCCUUCUGGGAGGCCUUUGAUGUCCAUCCUAACAAUUCUAAGCGUACCUCCUCGACGAAGGAGGCCACUAGGGCACUGCAACACCUGAAGAUUCGCGAGUGGCCCCCCUUGGGUGACCUAGCGGAGGCUUAUCCCGAUCGAUACGCCGAUUUCACGGAGCAUUUGCCUUUGCCAGAGUACACCCAUCGAGAAGGCCAGCUUAAUCUGGCUGCUCGUCUACCCUCCUUUUUUGUGCGUCCUGAUCUUGGACCUCGUCUCCACAUCGCUCAGGAUCUCACCUCUCAGCCCAAGGCAAGAUUCAUUUUCUCUGCCUACUUCAUUGUUGGUACAAUGAACUUGCGAGUGGAUGUGACGGAUGUAGUCAAUGUGCUGAUGAACGCAACCAGGCAGAUGGAGCAGACGUGCCCAAAGGGUGGGGAAGGUCAGUUACGCGCCUUCCUUCGUGCUGCCGGUAUUGAUCUUGCCGAGGUCUUCGUCAACAAAGGACACAACAGUGCAUCGUCGGCCCGAGUGAAUCGCUACACCCGCAUCAGAACUAUGAGUGGGCUUGAGCUCGUGGAGCAGGUUAUCGAUCCGAUCGGUGGACUUGCGGUCAAAUUUAAUUGGAGGAUCUUUAACACCACCCUUGGUGCAUGCCAUGCUCUUGGGCCGAUGCUUACACCUGUCUCGAUGCGGAAAUCCGUUAAUACUCUCCUUGUAGGACUCCCUGGAGCGAUUUGGCACAUUUUCAGGCCUUGUGAUACGUCGAUGUUACGAGAAUUCCUCACCAAAAUUGACAAGCUCUCCUCCAGUCCUGUUUACCGUGGAAGUGGUGGCGACACAAGUUCAACAAAGAACAUUGCCAGCAGUGCCCAUGGCAAUACUAUGGGUGAUGUUAUCCACGAUCAACGGAUUUACCUCUCCCAGGACCAACUAGAGGACUUGAAGGCGGAGACAGGAAUCAAACCUUAUACUGUUCUUCAGUUUCCUGGCGAUGCGAUUUUCAUACCUUCUGGAUCUGUUCAUCAGGUACGAAACUUGGCGAAUUGUAUUAACGUCUCCUCAGACUUCAUAUCGCCUGAGCAUGUACCCCAAUGUCUUGAGUUGACGGAUGAGUUUCGUCGAUUACCACGGAAUCACCCCAGCCAUGAGGACAAACUGCAAGUGAAGAAUAUGAUAUACCACACCGUCAAGGACGCACUUUCUACGAUUCUCAAUACAACUACUACCACCGCUUCCAACCACCGCCGCUCUUCCUCCCCGAUGGUCAACUCCUCGCCCUCCGACCACCAAACCCUCCAUGUAAAUUAA